GGUGGGCGGCAGAUGAAGGGGAGGCGGCGGCAGUGGUGGGAGAAGAGGCGGCGGCGGCGGCGGCGGAGGGGGUAGGGAACCUGGAAACGCGAGCGGGGAUGGUAGGUGUUUUGGACCCGCCGGGCCGCCGUCGUUUCCAGAAAGGGUUUGACUGGAGGAACCUCUGGAGCAGCUGUUGGCUGGCUCCUCUGACUGAUGGCAUGUUGAGGCACAUGGGUCAGUGGCAACGAGGGCAUCUAAUCCAGAGAGGGCCGCUCUAGAGGCCAGGCCACCAGCAUCAUGGGCCAGUGUGUCACCAAGUGUAAGAAUCCCUCAUCAACUCUGGGUAGCAAGAAUGGAGACCGUGACCCCAGCAGCAAGUCACAUGGUAGGCGGAGUGCAAGCCACCGUGAGGAACAGCUGCCCGCCUGUGGCAAGCCAGGUGGAGAUAUCCUUGUCAAUGGGACCAAGAAGGCAGAGGCUGCUCCUGAGGCCUGCCAGCUGCCAACAUCCUCCGGAGAUGCUGGGAGGGAGCCCAAGUCAAAUGCCGAGGAGUCGUCUCUGCAGAGGUUGGAAGAACUGUUCAGGCGCUAUAAGGAUGAACGGGAGGAUGCAAUUUUGGAGGAAGGCAUGGAGCGCUUUUGCAAUGAUCUAUGUGUGGACCCCACGGAAUUUCGAGUGCUGCUUUUGGCUUGGAAGUUCCAGGCUGCUACCAUGUGCAAAUUCACCAGGAAGGAAUUUUUUGACGGCUGCAAAGCAAUAAGUGCAGACAGCAUUGAUGGGAUCUGUGCACGGUUCCCUAGCCUCUUAACAGAAGCCAAACAAGAGGAUAAAUUCAAGGAUCUCUACCGGUUUACAUUUCAGUUUGGCCUGGACUCUGAAGAAGGGCAGCGGUCACUGCAUCGAGAAAUAGCCAUUGCCCUGUGGAAACUCGUCUUUACCCAGAACAAUCCCCCGGUAUUGGACCAAUGGCUAAACUUCCUAACAGAGAACCCCUCGGGGAUCAAGGGCAUCUCCAGGGACACUUGGAAUAUGUUCCUUAACUUCACUCAGGUGAUUGGCCCUGACCUCAGCAACUACAGCGAAGAUGAGGCCUGGCCAAGUCUCUUCGAUACCUUUGUGGAGUGGGAAAUGGAGCGAAGGAAAAGAGAAGGGGAAGGGAGAGGUGCACUCAGCUCAGGGCCCGAGGGCUUGUGUCCCGAGGAGCAGACUUAGUGGCUCUGUCUCAGGAGCAGCAGCAAGGAUCUGCCUGCUGCCCUGCAGUCAACCAAGGAAUUGGACCUUUCUGGAAAUUACUGAAGAUCCGGAUAUUUUCUACUUUACACCUUUCUCUGCCUUGUAUCUGAAAGGGCUCUAAAAUGCUGUAUCAUGUUUUAGGCACUUUCUUCACUUUUGGUUAUUUUGGUUAUUUCCCUUUUUUGGGGAGGGGUCCCCCAAAAUAUUUGAACCUGGCUACAUGUUGUAUAUCUUUUUUUUUUUUUUUUUGAAGCCUUCAGAUAGAAUAAGCCUGCCACUUCUUGCACAAAUUAGAUUUUUUUUUUUGGUGGGGGAGGGUGUAGAGCAGGUAGUGGGGAAUGGGACAGUUAGGUUGAAUUAUUGUUAUAAAAUGAUACAGUGCCAGAUCUCAGUUUUGCAUAUUCUUGUUUUUCAGGGCAGGUCUGUACUGUGUGUAGUGCUGUUUACAUGGUUGAAUUUAGGUUGUAAUAAUUACUUUUAAAGAUUUACACAGAGUUGAAUUUUGAAUUAGCAGUGUUAACUGUUAACCACAUUGCAUUAAUUCCCAGGCAAUUUAAAGCUCUUGGAGAGCCAAGGCCAGCCAAGAGCAUUUGUAGUCUGGUGAUGACCCCCUUUUAAGCUAAUUUAUCUGAAACUCUUUAUUUUUCUCACUUCUUGCUCAUUCCUUCUUUGACCUAUUUCAUUUCAUGUUGAGUUUAUCCGUCAACAUGCUGCACCUGUCAGUCAAGUGAGCAGUUUUGUUAGAACACGUUGUACUGAGAACCACUUAAGCAUUUAAUGCAGAGAAAGCAGUGCUACCUCAGUUUUGCUGGAAGUAGACUUUGAUAGUUUUCUUUCUUUGAUGAAUUUUCUGUAUUUUCAUGUUGUAAGUGGAAAUACUUUUUUUUUUUUUUUUUCAUUUGCUUUGGAGCCAAAGUUUCUGUUCCUGGUGGUCGGAAAACUGUGCCUGCCGGCCAACUGACUUGAAGGAAAACUGUGGUAUGGAGCUCUGCUUGAAUUUUUUUUUUUUCUUAAUUGAGUAUCAUCAGCUUACUUGUCUGGCAAGUGCAGGAGCCUGGGGUUGGCCUGAACUCUGCCAAACAAAUACAUAGUGUAUUUAAUGGUUAAACGCGGGCCCUGUCCCUUCUUGCUGCACCCAUGUUGUCACUUAACCCCCAGAGUUAUUUAUUUUCUUCUUUGUUAAUGUCAGGCUCAUUUGGGGUAAUGUGAUGACUAUUUAGGUUUACAUGACCCUCCUCACCUUUUCCUACCCCCAAAUAUGUAUAUAUACAUAUAUAUGUAUAUAUUUUACCUAUAUUAUAUAUAUAUAUAUAUAUACACAUAUAUGUAUCUAUAUUCCUUUGUUUCUUUGCCUGCUAAAACUAGCUAUAAAAGGGAGCUGCCUUCAAUAUGCAAAGUAUAAGAGUGUCAGGGAGCAUCAUAAUGAAGGCUUUUGAAUAUGAAUUUAGAUCAUUUUCAUUAAAGAUGAAUUUUCUCAGUCUUUUCCUCACAAGAGGGAGUCCCAAUUCCCUAGACACCUCCACGUGCUUGCUCUGUAAGGCCAGCUUUGGCUAAACUGCCACACAGGAGCUGACUGGUCCUACCUGGUUUUAGUAGAGGGUCCUCUUAUUUUUCCAUUAAAAAAAAAAAUGUCCUCAUAAAACUGUACUGGAAGGAUGGAUGGCAGGAACUUGUACCGUUCAGCUUCCAAUACUUUGGAACAGAUUGAAAAGGGAAUUUUUAAAUAAAAAUUUAUAAAAAUAUUUAUACUCUUGAGGCAGUGAGAGUUUGUCUAUUAAAUAUUUGGAGUUUUCUCCCUCAACUUACCCCCCAUCUCCCUCCCAGGUAUGUUUCUCAGCCUGGGCAGGAAUUGCUUAUUUUGAGUUGUUUUAUUUCUUUUAUUACUUAUCUAUGGCUCUGGGCUCCCAUCUUUACAAAGAUGAUUUAAGGAGUUUCUGCAGUCAAUGUUUUUGUAUAAUUGGUAUUGACAUAGGGAACAUAUAUAUAUUUUUUAAUCUGAACCCUGAGAGUUGCCCCUUUUACAGGAGUGGAUGAGAAACUAAAGUUAGCCACAGUAGUUAGCACUACUGUUGGAAAGCUGAUGGGUCCCAGUCCAGAUAUCUGGCUUUGUUCUAGCCUAAGACACAAGAUCCUUGUGGACAGUUUCUAAGGGUCCUGGCAGGUUCUGUGGGCUCAAUUGAAGUCAAGGUACCUAGACUGAGGUAUUGAGACUGCCAUCUCAUCCAGUCAAUUUACAGCCCCAUUUUUCCUCAGUUCUGGGUUGCGCAGAGGUUAAGGUUAAAACCUUAAUCUAGCAAGCUGCUUCUAGCCAGGUAAGACUGUUUCUGUCUCAGAUCAGAAGGGGGUAUGGAGAGGACACAAAAGGCUGAGUUAUCCUAAGGACUGGAGGAACUGGAUUCCUUCCCCAGCCUACAAGAAAGCAUUCCAUGCAUUAGGUGUGCUAUGACGGAUUUUUUAAAAAACACUCAGCUUCCUCUUCAACAAAAGAGCCAUUUAAAAUAUUUUUGGUUAUAUAUUUAAUGGUCUAUUUGUUACACAAAUGCAAAUUAGAAGCCUGAAAAGGGAACAGUUAGGGAGGGACUUAGUUUCCUUCUAGGUUUGAGUCUUUGAUGCAAGGAAUUCAAGCUUAUGCAGUCACAUGGACCAAUGCUUGACUUUCUCGUGGCUAUAGGAAAAGCAGUUCUCUGCAGAGGGAUCCAAGAUGGAGUGUGUGUGUAGGGUUUGCCGUUAUACUUCUGGGAAAUGAGAGGUUCCUGUUCCUCUUCACCUACAGAUAGGUUUGCUGCUUAAUGAGUGAGCAGUAAUUGUGUUGAAGAGGUCAACGCAUGCCCCUCACGUAAGCCAGUGCAUACUUCACUUUAAACAAUAGGACACCAGAGUGGUGUGGUGGUGUGGUCAGGGGCAGGAUGUGGAUGCCAUUUUGAAAAUAGGCAAAUACCAGUGUGACCACAACAAACUGAGUAUGUUGGGAAGUUGUUUUUUGGCAGUUUUGUGAGCUUCUAUGGUAUUUCUUUAGCAAUUGAUUAGAAAGCAAUAUGAGAUGAAGUGUGCUUCACUGCCUUGCUCUUCGCCUAUACCUGCCAAAUGUGAAUGUAUCAUUCUUAACCCUGCAUCCUGUAAUGACACUUUGCUAUAUACUUAGGCUAGUUGCCUCAGCAGUUCUCCCUGCCAGAUGUGCUCACAUGUGUGAGUGGUUCAAGAUUCCAUUUCUACCCUUCUGGUAAGAAAAAAAAUCUAGAGCUAGGUAAAGAUCCAAAUUUCAGCCAAGCCCUCAGGCUCAAGGGAAUCCAACAGAAAAUGUACAAGGCAGUGUUUUCAAUAUUAAACUUCCCUAAGGAAGGCACAGACUAGCCUUCUUGGAGAGGAAGAAAGGAUUAAGCCACACAUUUAUUAGUGGGUCUUAAAAUAGUACUGAUCUCCCAAGGACUGGUGGCAAAAUUCAGUCAGUGAUGGAUCUUGUAGGGUGUGGGACUCCAUAGUUCAUGUGAUGGCCGCAUAUAGUAUACUACGCCAAACUGUAUUAAAUAGUGAUGGGAAAUUACUUAAAGACCUGGUAUAAAAGUUUAAAAACCAAAACAUCUGUAUUUGGGGCCAUGUUUGGUUUGCAUUUAAAGUCAGUCAGUCUUCAGUGUCGUGAAGCCCAAAGGUAGACCCAGUCAGAUAGUUACAAAGCCUGGAAGAAAGCUGCUGCUAGGUUUGCUUUGCUGCAGUAGCCCACUUUGCCACUCUUCUUGUGUGUCUGGUUAGUCAUGACCUGAACGCCUUGGUAACUGGGUAGCUAACAAAGGUCUUCCCUGGGGGACUCGGCAGUAUCUUGUUUAAAUGUGUGCGUGUUGCUAAUUCACUUCAGUCAUAUCCGACACUGUGUGACCUGUGGACUAUAGCCCACCAGGCUCCGCUGUCCACAGGAUUCUCCAGGCAAGAAUACUGGAGUGGGUUGCCAUGCCCUCAUCCAGGAGAUCUUCCUAACCCAGGGAUUGAACCGGCGUCUGUCUCCUGCAUUGGCAGGUGGAUUCUUUACCACUAGCACCACCUGGGAAGCCCUUGUUUAAACAAGAUGGACUAAAAGGACUAUUAAGUCAUUAAAGUGUUAAUUGGGACUCUUUGAGAAAUGUACCAUUGAUUCUCCUCUUACUCCACAGUUUUCUGAAUCAUAUAGAGGGGUUUCCCACCCACUCCCCAUUCAGAGUUUACACCUUUGUUAAGUUGUAAUUAUUAGCAUUUAUCCAGGUUAACCUUGACUAGCACUGCCUUACAUUGAGAAUCUGCAGGUGUUUUUCCUCACUGAAAAACAAUAUUGAGUAACCAUCAGAUUCUGUUUCUGAUUCAGGUGCUGGAGUUAUCACAUCCUUCUCCCUAUUCCUUUCUUUGAAAACUGAGCCUGCUCUUCCACCACCCACCUUCCCUACAACUUUCAGCAUAAAUCUUGCAUAUUGCCAAAGGAAGCCAUCCAGCAGCUGCUGUGGUUUUUUCCCCAACACACAUUUAUUCUGGGAGAAGUGUCUUCCUUCUGACCCUGGUCCUAGCCCCUUGAGUCUGUUAUUAAUUGCUCUUACCUGUUGCACUAAUGAAUAUGAUACUAGGUUUCAAAGGAGGGAUUUGAAGCAAUAGGCAAAUGGGGCUUGGAUAAACUGGUCCUACAAAUAAGAUACCCUGCCUUAUCCCGCUGAGGUGAUGAGUCCACUACUCAUGUGACCCUCCACCUUUGUGGAUUCCUCUUGGUUUGUGACCAGCGUAUCUGUUUCUUGAAGUUGUACAAACUUGUUGACAAAAGUCAAUACUUUGAUUUGUAUUCUCUGCACUGUUGCACUCUCCAAAUGGCUCCUUGAAUAUUUUUAUUAACUUGUUACACACAUUAUUGUCUACUUUUUUAUUUGGAAGGUAACCUGCUGUUGGACUUAAUAAAUUUGUUUACUUGA